AUGCAGAUUGGACCCUGUUUCCAUGCUAAACAAAUAAAUUCUCAGGAUUCUCGAGAAACGCGUGUCCUCAAGGCACCUGACCCUGGUCUCCGCCCGCGACAGAGGGUACGUAUUGAAUGCCAUGCCAUGGUGGAACUGGGUACUUCCAGCCUGGAGCUGGAGGGUCGGGGAACUUCGGAUAUGUUCGCUCUCCAGCGGUGUCAACUACCUCGCGCUGAGCUUCCAGCGGCAGAGCUAACGGAGGCCUCCGAAGGAACUAAGAGUGAAUACGACGCGUCGAAAACAAACUUCUUUUGAAAUAGUUUAUAACUUUGAUUCGGAUGUUUAAAAUAAAAUUACAUUAUACUA